UUAAAAGUUAAUUAAUUAAUGAUAAGAUAACUGCGGUGUAUUUUAUAAACCGGAUAUACAAACUGCCAAUUUGUGUGUCAUGAACAUCUUGGCAGAGAUCGCGGUACAAACUUGACCCAGGGUUCAAGUUUAAUUUGAUUUGGAUUCAUUUACAUGUACACCUGCAUGAAAUUAAAAUUGUGUGCAGUUGGACUUUUUCAUUGAGAGUGUUAAUACCAAAAUUUUGGCAAAAAGCCAAAUAAAUAACGAUACAAUUUCAAUUUAAAAUAUGGAAGUAAUUAAACAAGAUGAUGAAGUGCAUUCAUUGCUCCAUUCAAUUACCAGUGUAAUAAAAAAUUCCAAUUUCGAAUCGGAUAAAUCAAACAAAGAUCACAUUAAAUAUAUUCUCAAUCAACUUGAUGAAAAAAAAAAUACACCAACACCGUUAAAAAUUAACAAAAAAUGUUCAAUAAUUGCUGAAGAAUUUAGAUCAAAUGCUAAUGAAUAUUUAAAAUCAAAUUUAAAUUUAGACAUAGUAUUAGAAGAGCUAACAAAAAGUAUUGCUAAUGCUCCGCCAGGAAGUGUAGAAAUUUCGAAAUCAUAUGGAGAUAGAAGUGCUGUGCUUUUUGAUGCAAGGCUAAUAUCAGAUUGCUUGUUGGAUUUAAAUCAAGCUCUCACUACUGGCUAUCCUGAAAAUUUAAAAAUUCAUUUAUAUUUACGACAAGCAAUGUGUCAUCAAAUAUUAAAUCCAGACAAUUCUAAAUUGAUAGAAAAAUGUAUAAAAAAAGUUCAGGAAUUAUUGAAAUUAAUGGACAGCAAAGAACAAGAAAUUAUACUUGAAAAAUUGACCAACAUAAAGUCCAUUGAUAGAUCAAAAUUUUACAAAUGGAAUGCUGAUAAACACUUGCCAAAAUUACAAAAUGAAAAUAAAAUAAUUCCAGGAUUAUCUGAUGCUAUUGAGCUAAAAUAUUCUGAUGAAUUUGGAAGACACAUGAUUGCAAAGAGAAAUAUAAAACCUGGUGAAGUUUUAAUGCUACAAAAACCUUAUGCUAAAAUUGUCAACACACAAAUGAGAUAUAAAUAUUGUUGGAAUUGUGCUGAACAAGUAUGGGCAAGUAUACCUUGUAAUUGUUGUACUGAUGUUAUUUAUUGUUCUGAAAUUUGUCGUAAAAAUGGAAAUAAUAAUUAUCAUGAAUAUGAAUGUCCAAUUAUUAAUGACAUGAUUAAUUUGAAAAUGAAUGAAGGAUCAUUUGUCAGUUUGAGACUUACUAUUUUGGCUUAUAAUGAAGCUGGUAAAUCACUCGAAACAUUGAUGCAUCAUCUUGAUAAAAUUGAUGCAGAAAAAGAUCCAUUGAUGAAAGGAUGUACAAAUAAUAUUUUAGAGCCAAAAAAAUAUUCAAGUGUCUACGGUUUGAUAACUCACUCAAAUAAUUUGAUACCAUCAAAAUGUGAAUUUGUUAUUGACUCAAUAAUAAUAGGAUAUCUCCUCGCUACAAGAACAAAUAUAAUUGGAAAAAAUUUACCUAAAAAUUUAAAAGAUUUAAAAAACAAUAAAUUAUUUAUAUUUCUUAUAAAUUUAAUUGAAAAAAAUAUGGAAAUAUCAAAUUACAAUAGUUUUUCAAUUGAAGGAAAUACACCGUAUCAAAAAUUUCGAAUGAUACUACCAUGUGCAAGUUUUUUUAAUCACAGUUGUCAUCAAAAAAUAAUUAGAAGACUUCAUGGUGAAUAUAUGACAAGUUUUUCUCUGUAUCCAAUUGAACAAGGAGAUCAAAUUUUCGAUAAUUAUGGUAUUUAUUAUGAUCAAUUGUCAAAGGAUGAACGACAAUCAGAACUUUUAUCACUUUAUAAUUUUAUAUGUACAUGUGAAGCUUGCACAUAUGAUUGGCCAAUGUGCCCAUUAGAAACAAAUGAUUUGUAUAAAAAUUUUAAAAAUUUUACUAAAAUGACACUUAGAAUUGCUGAAAUUUAUCAUGAAUAUUUAAUUGCUAAAAAAAUUGUUAAUUCUUAUGGACGUAAGUAUAAUUGUGUACCUGAUUUAUCAAAUAUUAUUUGUGAACUUGUUAAAAUUGUCGAUAAAUUUUGUCAUCGGUUUCGUAAAAAUUCUAUUGAAGUUGUUAAUGCAAUAUUUAUUCUUGAUGGACUUUUAACACUUACAGAAAAUCGUUAUUUUGAUUUAUGUAAUUUUUAAAAUUUCAUAUUUUUAAUUACAAUUAAUUACUAGUUAAAUAAAAAAUUAAUAAUUAUAUUUUUAAUAUUUUAAAUGUGUCGAAUAUCAUUGUAUAUAAUUAUGUUUUUUUUUUUUUCAAAUAAGAAUUAUUUUUUUAAAUAA